GCGGGGAAACACGGAGUGGGUGGGGGGUUGAGUGGGGAGGGGGGAGCGCGCCGGGCACAAGAAGCUGAGUGGACGGCUCGAGACGGCAGCGCGUGCAGCAGCUCCUGAAAGAGACUGAGUUGGCAGCGUCGAGCUGCAUUUCCAGCAGGAGCUGAGCGCAUAGUACGGGGCUUACAGCAAGGUGAUGUGCUAGGCAGCUCUGCUCGCUGGGGCUGCUGUUGCUGCUGCUGCUGCUGCUGCUGCUGCUGCUGCUGCUACUGCUGCUGCAACAGCCCAGACUGCUUUUCCCUCUCCACUGCUCAGUGUGUGUGUGAGUGCGUGUGUACGUGUGUGUGUGCGCGCAUGGUGGUGGUGGAGACCCCAGACACUGCUCCUCUUUCCCUCCCUCCCCCCUCCCCUCAGUUUCUCAGUGCAUCUCUCGGGGUCGUCCCCCCAUAUUUGCACCUCUUGUUUAACAUUGUUUUUCAUUUUAUUUUUUGGCCUCCCCCUCUCUCCAUCCCUCAUUCCCCUUGUUCCUCUUUCCCCAAGAUGUUAAAGGUAUCAGCCCUAUUGUGUGUGUGUGCAGUCGUCUGGUGCAGUCAGGCUCUCGAAGCGGCAGCAGCAGCGGCGGCAGCAGCCGGGGGCAGGUCGGACAGCGGUAAUUUUCUGGAUGACAAACAAUGGCUCACCACGAUCUCCCAGUAUGACAAGGAAGUCGGACAGUGGAACAAAUUCCGAGACGAUGAUUAUUUCCGUACUUGGAGUCCGGGUAAACCCUUUGAUCAAGCUUUAGACCCGGCUAAUGAUCCAUGCUUAAAGAUGAAAUGUAGCCACCAUAAAGUUUGUGUUUCCCGAGAUCCUCAGACAGCAAUUUGUAUUAGUCACCGGAGGCUCACACACAGUAUGAAGGAAGCUGGAUUAAGUCAUAAACAGUGGAGGGGUCCUCUUUCAUCCAGCUGCAAGCAAUGUCCAGUAGUUUACACCAAUCCUGUUUGUGGAUCAGAUGGUCACACUUACUCUUCACAGUGCAAACUAGAAUAUCAAGCAUGCGUCUUAGGAAAACAGAUCUCAGUCAAGUGUGAAAGACGGUGCCCUUGCCCUUCAGAUAAAUCUACAACUGCAGUCAGAAAUGAUAAGAGAGCCUGUGGUGAUUUGGAGUUCAGAGAGGUGGCAAACAGACUGCGUGACUGGUUCAAGGCGCUUCAUGAAAAUGGAAGUCACAACAAGAAAACGAAAGCAUUACAGAGGCCAGAAAGAAGUAGAUUUGAUACAAGCAUUUUGCCAAUUUGCAAGGACUCUCUUGGUUGGAUGUUUAACCGACUGGAUACAAACUAUGACCUUCUAUUGGAUCAAUCAGAGCUUGGCAGCAUUUACCUAGAUAAGAAUGAACAAUGCACCAAGGCGUUCUUCAAUUCUUGUGAUACCUACAAAGACAGUCUGAUAUCCAACAAUGAAUGGUGCUAUUGCUUCCAGAGACAGCAAGACCCACCUUGCCAGACAGAGCUCAGCAACAUUCAGAAGCAGCCGGUGGUAAAGAAGCUCCUAGGGCAAUAUAUCCCAUUAUGUGAUCAAGAUGGUUACUAUAAACCAACUCAGUGCCAUGGUGGAACUGGACAGUGCUGGUGUGUUGACAGAUAUGGCAAUGAGGUAACAGGAUCUAGAACAAAUGGAGCAACUGCCAACUGUGCAAUUGACUUAGAGACAUCAGGAGAUUUUGCCAGUGGAGACUUCCAUGAAUGGACAGAUGAUGAGGAUGAUGAAGAUGAUAUGAUGAAUGAGGAAGAUGAAAUUGAAGAUGAUGAUGAUGAAGAUGAAGGGGAUGAUGAUGAUGACGAUGACCAUGAUGGAUAUAUUUGACAAUAUCUCUAGUCAAUUCAUUCUAUCUUUCUUAAGUUCACAUGGUGAUAUCCCAUUGAAAAUUGCUCUGUUUCCUGAGAUCAAAAGGAUUCUAAACCACGUGUAUAUUUUGUAUAAUUAUUUCAAAUAUUGCAGCUGGAGUCAUAGACUUUAUUUGUUUAAAUAAGAAUCAUUUAUAGGCUUUUGAGUUUUUAUAUGCCUCUGAGCAGAAGAAAACACAUUGGAUGUCUAGCAAGAAGAAAGAUAUGAUGUGCUAAAAAAUAUGCAAAACUUCAUAAGAACAACCAAACUUUUUUUUAAACUUCCAAAAAGGAUACUUGUCAUGAUUUGGAAAUGCAUAUGGCCUCUUCAAAGGAGAUAUUCCAUUAUGAAAUAAAGUAACUUUCACUUAACUUUGGGUAGGCCAAGGGAUUUCCCCCUAAUUAUGCAGGACCUGGUGAUCAGCAAUUAUUCCAAAAAUUGCUAUGCCAAAGUAUUGUCUCAUGAACUAAAUUAAGUCAGGGAUGAGGAAGCAAGGUGGAUUCCACAGAGUAAGGCAACAGAGAGACUAUUGCAAAGUCCUCCAUUGUGUUUACUCUUGUUGUUGUGUGUUUUAGUUCUGAAAUGACUCUGAAUCUGACAGGAUGUUGGACAAAAGCAGAAAUGUGAACUCUCAUUGUUUCCCAGAAAAAUUAAAAUAUUUUUGUCCUCUUUUUUCCCACUUUAAUGCCAGUCUCAUGCAGCCUUAUAAUUUACUCAAGCAUCAUGAUCAUUUCCCUUUUCCCAGGUUUAUUGAGCUCUCUAAUCAGCAAUUUAACAUAAAAGAAAUUGGGCAUGGGAAGGCAGAGUCAAAAACACAUUAAAAAAUAAUCUUCCCAUGGAGUGGCAUUUGUCCAAAGGCCAACUUUAAAAGUCUUAAUUCAAUUUGUUUUUCUCAUCUUUGAGGGAAACUUGCAUUUUUCACUUAAAGUUGUCACUUUCUGUUAGUAGUACAGAAAUUUAGAGAACGUAUUAUUGUAACGUGCCUUGCAAACUAGAAAUAGAAAGAUUUUAGCAUGCAUACCAAUUUAGGAUAUUAGGCAAUUGCUAAGCACACCCAGUUACCAAAUCAAUACCAGUAUAGGUACUGCUGCUGGAAUGAAGAAAAUGGAUUCGUUUUCUAUUUCUUUCUAUCAUUAUGUAAUUACCUUGUGAACUAGUUUAUGAUUCUCGUGUAGAGUAGCAUUUAAAAGUUAACAGUAGAGAAAAUUACUUUAAUCACUGUAUUUAUGUUAGCAUGUUAAUUAAUUGUGUAGACAUUUUGGAAAUCCACCACCUUCAUUCAUGUCUGACCUAUGGCUUUGUGCCCACAAUCAAAUUGGAGCAACCUGUUUAAUGUUACACGACCAGUAAUUUAAUUUCAACAAUGGAUUACAGGUUUCCCUAGCUUUCAUCUGCGAUCAGUUCAAAGGAAAAUCUGCUGAUUUUUUUCAUUUGAUUUAGACACAUAAACACAAACUUUAAUGUUUCCCUCAUGUAAUAAUAAAAGUACAAGGCAUUUUCUUUUUUUUUUUACUGUUUAUGUAUAGUUUGCAAAAUAAAGACUCUUGUAACCAACUUGAACUGCUCAAUGAUGAUUUUAUGUGAACAAAAUUAAUAUGUCCUCAACAGCAAGAUAUAUUCUUUCAACUUAUUUCAUAAUAUUUCUAAGAUAUUUUAAACAUUGCCAAUUUAGAUAUGUAACCAACCUCUAGGUCUUCAGUGCAGUUUAAGAAGAGCAAUCUACUUGAGGCCAAUGCUUUUUAUAGAGACUUUUAAAAUUGUUUGCACUUGUUAAUAUUUAAUUAGAAUUAUGUUGCAUAAUAGAACUUUUUUUGCCCCCAUGGACAUAACUGUUGUACAAAAGGAUGGAGCAUGCUAUUUCUAAAGUCAAUUAAAUAUAGUCAAUUUUUAACAUA